CCAAGAACAACAAUACAGGUCAAGGAAGAAGGCGUACUGAGAAACUGGAAAAUGAUAUCCAUGCAUCACAAGGUGUUCAAGAUGCACUCGAGAUCUGGGGAGCUGGAGGUGUUGGUAGAUGGCACCUACUUCAUCUAUAGUCAGGUAGAAGUUUACUACCUCAACUUCACUGACAUUGCUAGCUAUGAGGUGAUGGUGGACAAGACGCCGUUCCUGCGCUGUACGCGGAGCAUUGAGACGGGACAGCGCAAGUUCAACACCUGCUAUACGGCUGGGGUGUGUCUGUUGCGUGCCCGGCAGAAGAUCUCCAUCAAGAUGGUGUACGAGGACACCUCCAUCAGUAUGACCAACCACACCACCUUCUUGGGGAGCAUCCGCCUCGGGGAUGCCCCCCCGGCCAGCCACUCCUGAAGAGGCAGCCCUACCAACCUGUUUGUCAAGCCACAACCCACCCCUCUACCAGCAUAUCCACUUAUGGCCCGGGGGAGGCUCCUCCCAUUCUACUUUUCCUCUACAACCAUCACCACCACCUAUCACAUAUCAACCAAUAGGAGAUGAGGAUAACCACCUACUCCAGAGAUGACAUCAUGUACAGUACUAAAGUAUCUGCCCUCAGCCUGGGCCAGGCCCGCCCCUUCAGGCUACUACUGAGCUGAUAAGCCCCACCCUCCCUUAUAAUAGUGGGAUGACCUGGUGUAAUGAUAUUAACCGCUGCCUGUUAUCUUUUAAUGGAAGAUUGCUUCCACAGAGCGAUGAGGACUAAGACCUUCGGAGGUGAUGAUGGACAAAUAUGCACCCAACGUGUCUUAGCAUUAAGAAAGGGAGGAGUUGUUAGAAGAAAAAAUACAUUAGACUUUACUUUUAGAAUUGUGCAUUUAUAGAUAAUAACUUGGUUUCCCUGGUCAUGACAUGCUUGAGAAACCAAGGUUGACAGGAGUCAGUCAUGUCUCCACUGAAAUAACUGUCUGUUAGUUAGACAACAUAGAUACAUACUGUAAAAGUUUUUGAAAACAAUAUAGAAAUACAAUGUGUGGAAGUUGUCUGAUGAAAUUAACAUUUAUAGCUGAAACAAAAACAUUUCUCUGUUAGAAUGUGCACUGGUUAAAGCAUCUCUCUCUCUCUCUCUCUCUCUCUCUC